UUUUAUAUGUGCCGUGUCAGUAGAGCGACGCUGGAACGGCCAGUGGUCAACGGUUUUGGUGGCGGUGGCGUUAGCAGUGACGACGAGUUUGAUUUUAAAAAAGUUAUACGAUAUCUGCACAUCCAAUUACUGUAACGUGGUGUUACCACGUAAGAUUCGCUUUCCGUCACAAAAAUAUCUCUGAAUUGACAUUGUUACACCGAUCGGUCCCGGUCGCGAACGACACCUGACGAUGAAGAAAAGCGAUGAUGACGACGACGACAACAACGAGAGUUGUUACACGGAUUACGAGACUGAUGGUUUUUGGAGUUCAGAGAAAACUCUAAUGGAAUCCGUACAGGGAAAAGGGGCCGCGAACACAUCGACGACCACCCGGAGGAAGAAGAAGAAGAAGAAGGUCAAGGACCGAGGAGAUGGUAAGAAGUUGAACGUGGCCGGAACAGGCUUAAGACACCAGUGGCGAUGUUUCCUGCAGGAGAAUGACGACGAGUGGCGAAAGUUCUGGAAUGCCGGACGAAAAUGCUUUAUCAACACGGUGAUACUGGUGGUCAUGUGCGGCGUGGGAGGUAUGGUGUUCCGUUACACGGAAGGCGCUUUUGAGUCGUUCUACAAGUGCGGCGUGAAGCGGGUGAAGAGGGACUUCUUGGACGGGCUGUGGACGGACAGCCGACGGAUGGGCGCGGACGAGUGGAAACAGACGGCCCGCCGGAAACUGGUUGAGUUCGAGGAGCAGCUACACGACGCCUUCGAGGCGGGCACGACCACGUACAGCGGCCGCAGCUCGUGGAGCUUCGUCAACUCGGCCAUUUACUGUUUCACCGUAGUCACGACCAUAGGUUACGGUCAUAUAUCUCCGUCGACGAAUACUGGUCGGCUGAUUACCAUUGUGUACGCAAUAUUUGGCAUACCGAUAUUCCUUAUUUUGUUAGCCGAUUUCGGAAAAAUGUUCACCAGAGGCAUUAAAUUUCUCUGGGCGUUCGUCCGGCGUCUAUACUACACCGGCAGCUGUCGAAAAGUUCGCAGAACUGCGCCAGUUCAAGAGGUCAUGAAAGGCGUACAGAUGAUGUACGACAUUACUAAGUUCCGGAGGCCAAGCAACAUGUUUGGCGGAGUUCCGGACAGUCAGUCCGGAUUUCCUCCCACGUCCCCUAGCACGCCGGCCCUCAGCGUGUACACAAUCGACGACGAGUUCAACCUACCCGUUUCGGUGGCGUUCAUGAUGCUGGUAGUAUACAUCGUAAUUGGGGCAAUCAUGUUCUGUUUCGAGGAAGGAUGGGGAUUUUUUGAAUCCUUCUAUUUCGUCUUCAUAUCCAUGUCGACGAUCGGAUUCGGAGAUUUCGUGCCCAAGAACCAACUCGUGAUGAUUGUGUCUAUCGUAUAUUUGGUUUUCGGACUCGCACUGACGUCUAUGUGCAUAAAUGUCGUACAGGAAAAGUUGCAGAAUUCGUUUAGACAAGCGACGACUAAAAUAAGUGCAACAAUUGGUCUCGGGUUACCACGGGUAGACAAUAACGAGCCGGCGCCUAUCGUGGUGGACGACAUGAUAACCAUCGACGCGGACAUGACAACAAUCGAUACGGACGCUGUUACCGAUAACGACGACGACUGAUUUUUCUUUUUUUCAUUUCAACGAUGUACGAUGACCAAGUACAAAUUAUAUUAUUAUACGAGAUGAGGGAUUCGAUGUUAUGGUAUCCCUUGGUUGUAUACGAUAUAUAAUAACGACGACGAACUCUUCCGAGUCCAAUAAAAAUGAAAUUGUAUAUAUAUAAUAAUAUAAUCAAUAUAAAAUCAGUCAGUUUUUUUUCA